GGGAAAAGGAAGGGGCCUGAGGCUGUGAGGAAUUCUGGGAGUUGGAGUCCAAAACACCUGAAGGGAGGGCCGACGUUGGACCAGGCCUAGACCAGACCAAAAGGAAAAACAGACAAACAAUUACCAUCCAGAUGAGAGAGAUGGGGGAGCUCGCCUUCCUCCUCCUCCUCUUCCUCUUAGGAUCUCCCCCCACAGCGGCAUUGGAGUGGCCCCCCCGCAUCCUGCGACUCUUUCCCGAGGUGAGCCGUGCUGCUCAGCGCUUCUCUGCUGAAGGGGCUUCCAACUUCAGCGUCUUCCAGGUGGACGCGCACACACUCUACGUGGGAGCCAGGGAUGCCAUCUAUGCCCUGACCCUGGGCUCCAUCAGCCAGCGCCCAAAGAAGAUCUCCUGGAUGGUGCUAAAGGAUCACCGGGACUCCUGCACCCAGAAAGGGAAGAAAGAGGCCGAGUGCCAGAACUUCAUCCGCAUCUUGCAGUUCGUCAAUCAGAGCCACCUCUUAGUCUGUGGCACCUUCGCCUUCGAUCCUCGCUGUGGUUACAUUAAGCUGAGCGACUUCCGGAGCGUGGAGCACAUGGAGAGCGGGCGUGGGCGCUGCCCCUUUGAGCCCCUCCAGCCCUCCACCGCUAUCAUGGCAGAUGGGGCCCUCUACGUGGCCACAGUCGGGAACUUCCUGGGGACGGAACCCCUCAUCUCCAGAGACACUAGGAACCCCGCGGAGGUCAUCCGGACGGUCAUCUCCAUGACUUGGCUGAAUGAUCCAGAAUUUGUGGCCUCAGCCUUUGUGCGAGAGGGAAAGGACGGCGAAGACGACAAGAUCUAUUUCUUCUUCACGGAGACGGCGCGCGAGUACGACUUUUAUGAGAAGGUCAAGGUGGCCCGUGUGGCCCGUGUCUGCAAGGGAGACUUAGGGGGCCAGAAGACUCUGCAGAAGCGAUGGACCACCUUCCUGAAGGCACAACUCUACUGCUCAGACCCCAAGAGCGGCACCGUCUUCAACAUCCUGAGGGACGUGGUCACUCUGCCAGCUCUAGACGGUGCCUGGAAUGCAACCAUCUUCUACGGGGUCUUUGCAGCCCAAGGGAGAGAGGAGAGUGGCUCGGCCGUUUGCACCUACAGCAUGGAGGCCGUCCGGAGGGCCAUGGAGGGACACUUCAAAGAGUUCCGGAGGGAGUGUGACAAGUGGACGCGCCUCACGCCGAGCGACGUCCCCCAUCCACGCCCAGGAGCGUGCGUGACCAGCAGCACGGAGGGGAUCGGGUCCUCGCUGGCCCUCCCCGACCGUGUCCUGACCUUUGUGCGUGACCACCCCCUCAUGGACGAACUGGUCCUCCCCCUGGACAACGCGCCAGUCCUGGUCGUGCCGGGGGCACGCUACCUGCGCCUGGCCAUCCACCGAGUGGCUUCCCUCUCUGGCCAGGAGCACCACGUCCUCUACCUGGGGACAGAGGACGGCCGCGUCCACAAGGCCGUGAGGAUCGGCCCCCGGCUCUCCCUCCUCGAGGACCUCCAUCUCUUUGCAGAGCCUCAGCCUGUCCGGAACCUGCAGCUCCACCAGAACUGGCUCUAUGUGGCGUCCGACACAGAGGUGACCCAAAUCCCCACGUCCACCUGCCAUGCAUAUAAGACCUGCCAGGACUGCCUCCUUUCCAGAGACCCUGCUUGUGCCUGGAGCCGGGAACUGGGGGCCUGCCGGGAGCACCACGGACAGGCGGGGCUGAUCCAAGACCUGGCUGCAGUGAAUGUGCUGACACUGUGUCCCACAGGGAAGAAAGAGGUGCCCUCGAUGGUUGAAGUGCCAGUGCUCCCAUCUGCCCGGGUGGUCCUGCCCUGCAACCCGCGGUCCUCCUGGUCAAGGUGUGAGUGGCAAAUGCCUUCCCAAGACGCCUCAGCCUAUGUCAUCCGCAGGGAUGGCCUGGAGCUCUUUGCAGCAGGAGCAGCAACCGCUCUGGGGGAGUACAUGUGCCGGUGCGUGGAGUCCGGCGUGGGCGGCGUGGUGGCCUCCUACCAUCUGGUCAGCGGAAGCCCCGGCAUCCUGAGCACGGUCAAGUCAGCGGAGCGCAGCUACGGCGUGCUGGUGGGCCUGCUGUGCUUUGUGCUGGGCGUGGCGGUCAGUGGGGGCUGCCUGCUCCUAUAUGAACGGCGGCGGAGGGAGCGGCUACGGCGGGAGCUGCUCUGCCGUGAGAGGAACGGCCUAGACCUCAUGCCCUCGACUGCCACCAGCUGCAGCCACGAGCCCCAGACCCCCAGCUCCCCUGAGGAUGAGCGGCACCCACUGGCCACCGGCAAGAAGAAUGGUGGCAGUGGCCUCAAUGGUUUCCCCCACUACGUCAACGAGAUGGACUCCGCCGACCAGGCCCGCAUCUACUUGACGGGGGUUCCCCUGGCCAAGUGCGAUGAGACCUCCAUCUAGAGGGAGAUUGAUUGUUUCUGGAAGAAAGAGGUCCAAGGGGCCAGUUUUGGGCAGCUUGGCAGAGGGCCUGUUCACAACAGGGUCUCUCUCCGCGUGGUCUCCGAUGCUCCCGUGCGGCCCCGGGUCUGAAGGCUUCCUGUGGCUGGCCUUGCUAGUCUCUUGUGGCCGUAGGGAAUACCACCAAACGUCUCAGGGUUGGCUGUUGUGGCCCCAUGGGCCCCUGGAGAGCGCUGGCCGCUUCCUGCACCUGGGAAAAGCCAUGCUGAGGAACCGCAAAGGACGAGCAUGGGUUUCCUGCAAGACUUUGCUGCAAAUAACCUGCCAAAGGAGGGGUCAGCACUGGUGGACCCUGGACCUGGUUUGUGGGCCAUACGGAAUGGCUGCUCUCCACAAUAGGGGCCCCAUGGCCGCCUGUUGUGACCCCUUCCUGCUGCUGCUCUGCCUGGAACUGGACACCGUCCUGAGGUGGGUUUCCCAGGAGACUUUGUAGUUAAGUGACCAAAGGGAGUCUGACGUUGGUUUGCCAAACAAAGGGCGGAGCAUGCAAUGUUUACUAUGAUACGUCCGCCUCCAUUUCAGCCCUGCAACUGCACUGAGGAGCUCUGGACGGAAGGGCCCCUUUUUCUGGGCACUUCCAUCCGCUGUGGGUCCCCCCUCUCCCACAGCCCCUUCCUUGGCCUUGGGGCAGGGCUUUUGUGAAACGGGUGUUGUGUUCGUUGUGUUUCUGUUUUUGUUUUUUUUGCACUUGUGGAACAUGUGACGUAUUAAAGAGACUUGUUGGAGAA